GUAUUAACCAAGAUGGCCGCCGGUAGUCGAGUUUUGUUAUAAGUAUUUAUGUGUCAUUGUUCAGAGAGAAAAUGACAAGUGCUCUGAUAGUAAAGAAGGAAGAGACACAGACCAUGAGGCACAAGCUUCAGAAAUUUGGUUUCUGGGAUAGCAAAAGACGACUAAAGCAGCUAUCUGCAGAAUAUGUUGCUAUUCCAAUCACUGUAGAUGCCCUCAGUUGGACGGACCUGGGGCUUCAUGACAGGUGCCCUCCAUGUCAGGUAAAGGAAGUGGAUCUUGCCCCAUCAAAGACAUCACGCCUGGAGCCUCCAGCUGACAACCUCAAGAGACAUGUAGCACGAUUCCUGACUGACUCAGGCAGAGUUGUCUCCCCUGAACUACUGGCAGAUUUGCCAUCUCACUGGGAGAAACACGGAGACCUCAUCCUGUUUUCCAACUCGGCCUUCACCAGUGAUGUUUGGUCCCAGCUAGGCUCUCCACUAUGGAAGGUAGUGUGUCAGUGUCUAGUUGGCUCACGUCUCGCCAGGAAGUCCAGCAUCUCGGCGGAUGGCUUCCGUAGCCCCCAGGUGGCGCUGCUGUAUGGAGACAAUGGCUGGGUGGAGCAUGUUGACAAUGGCAUCAGGUACAGUUACGACGUGACACGCUGCAUGUUUAGCAUUGGAAACAUCACCGAGAAACUCCGUGUUGGACAGAUGGCUUGCAAGGGGGAGACUGUGGUGGAUCUGUAUGCAGGCAUCGGCUACUUCACCCUCCCCUACCUGGUGCACGCCGGCGCAGGCCGAGUCAUUGCCUGUGAAUGGAACCCUGCGUCUGUAGAUGCCCUCCGCCGCAACCUGCACCUCAACCGUGUACUGGACAGGUGUACUGUGUACAUAGGGGAUAACAGACAGGUGUGUCCCGUGGAUGUGGCAGACAGGGUCAACCUGGGUCUGAUCCCAUCGUCCGAGGUGGGCUGGCCUGUGGCCUGUGCAGCACUCAAGGCCGACAGUGGCGGGAUUCUACAUAUCCAUGGAAACGUGACAUCGAAGCACCCAGCAUGCAACACUCAUGAUACAGAUGACCUUGAUCAUACAGUGACUGAAGAUGGUCAAGGUCAUCCGACUUUCUCUGUUCACAAAACUGCAGCUUUGAUGACUCAACUCAACACAGCCUGUACUUGUAAUAACAAACAUGUGGGAAGAUGCAGCGAGAACACACAAGAAGGAGGGGCUUUGAUAAUCUCCUCUGAGAUUGACAGAUGUCAUUUUGAACAUUCAAGAUCAAAUCCUAAACAUUCCAACUCAAACUCCAAAGUAAAAACAAAAGUAGACAGAAGAAACGUUUCCUGCAACAAGAAAUUAAGACCCGAGUGGUUGAGUUGGUCCAGAGAAGUGACAGUUAAGAUAAACAGCCUCCUUGAACAUGGCAAAAACACUUGGACUGUCACCAUUCUACACAUUGAACAUGUCAAGUCCUAUGCCCCUCACAUAGAUCAUCUCGUUCUAGAUCUCGACUGUCGACCUAACAUAUGACACCUUUCUACUGGAAUGUGGAUUUAAGUUGUAAUUAAAGGAGGGGAUUCAUGUUUUUUUUAUUUUUCGUUUUUCUUUCUUCUUUUUUAACACCAAUAGUAUUAAAGAGAAAACUGAUGUGAGGAAAGGGUUUGAAAGGAGGCGGACAGGGAUGAAAUGUAAUAAUUGAUUUAUUAUGUUUAUUGUUAGUUUCAACAUAAACUAAGUAUUGAUCAA